AUGGCCAACACCACCAAGAGCACUGGUGGCACCACAGAAUCCACUGCUAGUCUUUCCGCCUACCAUGCAGCGCUGCUUCUGAACUUGGAAGCUUCCCGCGCCGGUAGAUCGUCCGCGAGUGCUGGGGGUUCUGCCGCAAGUAGCACUACUAGUAGUCAGGGCAGCGGCAGCCAAUCUCCUACUAGCACCCGUACUACUACUACUAGUGCCAGGGGGGCUUCUUGGUCUUUUGCAAGAUGUUCCGGAAAAGCUGGUGAAGCGCAGAGUACUGGUACUGGUAGUGGCAGCAAGUCUUGUACUAGCAAUGCCGUGUGGUUUAUACGGUCAGUCUUUUGGUGCAGUCUGCUGUGGAUUGCCAUUCUGCUAGGUAGCCUUAGCGUGGUCAUGAUUGGAAACAAUGAGCAAGCUCUGGCAGAACGGCAGUGGGAAACCGUAUCCUCACGCUAUCUUGCCGCAAUAGAGCAAUCCUUACGGUGUCACGAAGGUGCUGCCAAGAGCCUAGCUAACAUGGCAGCGCAGCAGCAGUCACACGCUGCUGAUUGGCCCUACGUAGUUCUACCUGGCUUUGAAGACUUGGCGCAACAAUUUGGCGAGGGCCACUGUGGUGGGGGAGCCAAAUUCUCCUUUGCUCCCAUGUUGCAGGCCAAUUCCACGCAACUCUUGUUGGACUUGCAAACUAGUUUUGAAAGCUUUGCCUACCAAAACCUUGGUGGUGGUGGUGGCUACCAGGACCAAGCUGCUCCCCUGGGUAUCUGGAAGCUUCAGGAUGGUACUGGUAGUGCAAAAGUCAUUGAUGAAGGCAGUGAUAACGAGCCUUUGUUCCCCCUCCUUCAAACAAACACAAGACCGUCCGAUAAUGACUUGUUUCUUUGGAACCUUCGCAGUGACCCAGUCCUUGCCGAGGCUCUUGACGAACUCAUGGAG